AUGUCAACAACGAAUCAAUCAUCAACUACAAUAUCAACAGUUGCUUUAGAAAGAGAAUUAUCUCAAAUUACAAAUAUAAAUAAUAUUUUAUUAAAUUUUCAUCAAACUAUUCAAAAAGUUAAUCAUGAUUUAAAUCUGAUUUGUAAUUCAACUACAAAUUCAAGAAUUUUAAUGAAUAAAUGGACUGAUAUAAUGUCACAAACUGAUUUUACCCUUGAUGCAAUUAAUAAUCCUUCAUGGGAUCCUAGAAAAUUAGAACAAGAAUUAAAUAAUAAUAAGCAAGAAGAUCAAGAAGUAGAAGAAGAAGAAGAUGAUGAUGAUGAAGAUGUUGAACAAAAAUUGGAAAAUGAACUACAUCGAAUUGAACAAGAAAACUCUGAACUUUCAAAAACGAUUGAAAAUAUAGCUAAAGAGAAGAAUACUAGAAUGAAUAAAAGAAAAAUUGAUGGUUCAUCUACUGGAUAUAAUGGAAGAAGAAAACUACAUAAUUAA